AUGAAGCCACGAAGACGAAACCCUAAAAAAUCGAAGAAAUUGAAAAGGGGAUCUUCAUCCUCAGCCCCUCCUUCGCCGCCGUGGAUCGAGCUACCGGAGCAUCUGACGGCAGAUAUUCGAGCUACCGUGUGCAAGACUUGGUGGAGAGUCUGCCAAAAUCCAGCCACGUGGCGCUCUAUUGAUCUGGACUAUCGACGUCCCGCCGCACGCGAUUUCGGCAACAUUUGCCUCUGCGGGGGCUGCGGAGAUGAUGAGAUUUGCAGUGAAGGGGGCUGCACACAUGACGACAUUUGCCGUUGCUGGGAGAACAAAUUCAAUUACCUUGUCCGUCGCGCAGUUGAUCUAAGCCAGGGACAACUCCAAAACCUCAAGCUUGGCGUUUGGUAUUUGUAUGGCUUGCUAGAUUACGUAGCAGAUCGAUCAUGUCAGCUUCGAAGCCUUACAGUUGUACAGUGUGAUGAUGAUUACCAUUUAAGGAGGUUGAUUAUGGGAAUCGAGAAACAGCCACAAUUGGAAGAGCUGCACCUUAUGAUGAAUCCGAUGAUCACAUCCAAUGAGUUUGAAACUAUUGGGAUCGCUUGCCCAAUGCUGAAAUCGUUUUCAUAUCAUAACUGUCAUAGCAAAGAUUCAGAUUUUUCAGAAGGUUUAGCUUUUUCAGAGCAUGUUAAAGCAAUUGGAAAGACCAUGCCUAAUCUGCGCCAUCUCCGACUUUGUGAACAUCGGAUGGGAUAUGAGGGACUGGAAGCGAUUCUCGAGGGCUGCCCCCACCUCAAAUCACUUGAUCUUCGGCUAUGCUCUGCAUUUGAGAAGUUCUACUAUUAUUCUGGCCAAAGACGUUCUGCUCGGGAAAGAAAAGAUCUGUGGCUCCAUACCGACUCUAUCAGUUUAAUGGAUUGGAUAAAGAAACGGAAGGAUAGGUAUGAUAUUAAUUCUGAAUAUGUUGUUCAUCCUUACUAUUGUUGUGACGAUAUUCGAGGUGAAUAUUAUUAG